AUGGGUACCGUUGCAGACUACCUUCAUUUCCAAACAACGGGUGUAUUGAUCAAGUGGUUGAAAGACGAGGAUGAAUUAAGAGAAGGCGCGACACCAGCUACGAAGGAUUUCGAAACGACACAACUUUUCAAGAUAUUGACGGCAUUAACAUCCGAGCACAAGGCAUUGGUCACUGGCGAUACAUUUUCAAUCACUCACGCUAUGUUGGGAAUGAACGAAAAUCGGGAGGAAUCAGGACACUUUUGUUAUCUUCACGCAAUUCACAGGAUCAUCACUGCCUAUUCCUACCAUUUUCCGAAUGAUACAGCUUUCCAUCUGAGAGAGAUUCAUUCGAGGGAAAAUUGGCACCGAGGUCUCGUCACAUCACGGGCGUUUUGGCAUUGCCACAAGAAAAUUAAAACCAGACAGAGGAGUGCGAAAUUUACACCGGCAAUCAAACCGCUCUGGAUAAAUGACGAGGCCCUAAAUUCAAGUGGAGCCAUCGACGAUACUGCCAGGUAUGGUUUGUAUAAACAGAGAGAGGCGGACGAGAUCCUGGAGCUUGAGGAUUUGAAUAACGGGGAUGAACAAAAUCCACUUGAAGAAAGAAAAGAGGAAGAUAUUGCGGAGCUGGAAGAACUUCAUCGACCUUUAAACGCUACUGGAGAUAUCGCAAAGGAAACCGUUACAAGAUGCAAGGAUGCCAAGAAGAAGACCCGGAAGGAAACUCCACCGGAAGUGAUGAAAGCGUGGAUAAAAACUAAGCCCGCCCCAAUCCUCCCCUCUGUUUCCUCAUUCCUUUCGACUGAGAUUUUGACAUUCUACUCGCCAUGCAUGAUGAUGAUACAAGCAUUCAGGAGCAUAUCCAGGAUCCCAUUCUGA